GCAACAUAAAAAGCUCAUGAACGGAGUAAUACAUUAAUGAAUCAAUAUAAUUAAUUAGUAAUUUAAACGAGCCUGCAAUUAAUUAAGCUAUUAUUAUUAUAUGGAGCUCAUGCCGGAAGACUGCAUGGUCGAAAUCCUGUCCCGGGUCCCGCCCCACCUGGCCUGCCGGUCGUCGCUGGUGUCAACCGCCUUCCGCAGCGCCGUGGAGUCAGAGCUGCUGUGGGAUGCGUUUCUGCCGUCCGAUUACCCGGAGAUUUUGCUCCGGUCAGUGUCUCCCCCCGUGAGGGUAUUCCGGUCCAAGAAAGAGUUGUUUGUCAAGCUUUUGAGCCCCAUUCUCAUUGACGGAGGCCAUAAGACGUUUUGGAUAGACAGAGGAAGCAGCAAGAAAUCUUACACGUUGAGUGCGAGAGAACUUUCUAUUGCCUUUUCCAGUAAUGCCCUCUAUUGGUGCUGGAAGCCCCUCUUUGGUUCUAGGUUUCCGGAAAUUGUGGAGCUUGUAAUGAUAUGCUGGCUAGAAAUGACCGGGAAGAUGAAGACUCGCAUGUUGUCCCCACACACAACCUACGUGGCCUACUUCGUUUUCAAGCUCGCGGGUCGGGCAUUCGGCUUGGACUCCCUACCCUCCGAGAUAACAAUCAAAGUCGGGGGUUACGAGUCGCACAAAAUUGCGUACUUGCGUCGCAAGCCGGACGCAAAACAAGCGCUAUUGGAACGCGUUUUCUUGCAGAACAGGAUGGAGAUUUUAAGGUCGCGGCUUGAAGAGGGACAAGAGUGUGUUGUUCGCGAGCGUGGGGAUGGGUGGCUCGAGAUUGAGUUGGGAGAGUUUUAUAACGACGAUGGGAAUGAUCAAGACAAGGAGGUUGAGAUGUGUGUGAGGGAGGUUAAAGGUGGGCAUCUUAAGGGAGGACUCAUUGUUGAGGGCUUUGAGCUUAGACCCAAGUAGCUAGGAACAUUAAGAAAUUAUUUAUGGCUUU